AUGCAUUUUCCGUUCCUGGAAAGUCUGCUCUGGGCAAAUGCGACUGCUGGCAUACGCUCACCUCCAGAACUCCAGGUGGUGACAUCCAGCGGCAUCAUCAAUGGCAAAUACAACAACACCGCCGAGACUGUUCGCGGCUUCAUUGGUAUCCCAUACGCAGAGCCGCCAGUUGGAAGCCUACGAUGGGCACCGCCAAUUCCCAAGGUAUCCCAGGACUUGAUUGAUGCCUCUUCCUUUAGCAAUCCCUGUGCUCAGGUCUACCUAUACUCCAAGCAGUCGAUCUACACUGUGCUACCGUACAAGAUAUGGAAUUCGGCAAACAUGUCUGAAGACUGUCUUUACAUGAACAUCUGGGCUCCCUCUAUUAGACACAAGCAACGGAACAAAGGAAAGAAAGCAGCAGUUAUGAUGUUCAUUUAUGGCGGAAGCUUUUUUUCAGGAUCUGGAUCGGUCGGUUACUAUGAUGGGAGCUACUUGGUGCAAGACAAUGAGGAUAUCAUUGUUGUGACGUUCAAUUACCGAUUGACUGUCUUCGGCUAUCCCAAUUCACCGGGCUUGGAUCCCAAAAAGCAGAACCUUGGAUUGAUGGACCAGUAUCACAGGGAUCCCCUCGUGAGCGCAAUCGCCCUUCACUCAGGAACUGCUCCGUUACUUGUCACUCCCGCGAACCGCGAAAACUGGAAUAAUCUAUCCACCGAUCUUGGGUGCGGCGCCGGGGCGGACUCUCUCGACUGUAUGCGCCAAGUGUCUCAAUCGAAGAUCCUGGAAGCACGAGCCCGUGGAAACUACACCUUUUACCCGGUUCUGGACGAUGUGCUUGUUUUUUCCGAUUACGCUGCCAGGGCCAGGAGAGGCCAACUAGCACGUCUGGUAAGCAUGGCAAUCAGGAAUCUCCUCGCGGGACUGACGAAACGUGCAAUACCAGCCAACACUAGCUGGAAUGAACGAGCGUGA